AAUCCGGUUUUCAUUAUUUCAAAAAAAGCGCGCGAAAGAUUUAAAAGUGCCUUCAAAACGCGCAAGCGCGACAAUCAGCUGAUUCAACGUUUACAAAAUAUGUCAAACAAAAAAUAUGUUUAACUUGUGUUAGUGAUUAUUGUUUACUUCUCCCAUUGUUUGAAACAAUCAAAUAAAUUGUCAAUAAAACAAAAUUUAAAUUAAUGUACAGUUGACAUGCAUAACGUAGAAAUUGAAGAUUUUUAUCACCACGACUUCACAACAGCUUCAGAAUGGGAAGUGUUUAUUGCUCGUCUGGAAGAGAUUAUUCACGAAUGGAAGUUACCACACUCUAAAAUAGAGCCAGGUUUAAAACCUGGUGAUUUUUUAAACUCAACAUGGCAAGUAAAGUCCGAGGAAUUGAAUUUCGCAAACUAUCCAUUUCUGUUAAAACACUUUAAACUGAAAACCCCGGAUUCUGAUGACGUGACCGACUCCUCGGAUGCUUCUGACGAGGAUCCAAACACCCAAAGUCAUAUUGACAUUCUCAACAUCACCAAUGACUUUGUAAGAAUUGACCAAGACCACCUGGAGAUCGCUCGAUACUACGGAAUACGUGAGUUUAUUCUCCUGACUCUAGGAAAACGUAUCUCAAUCUCCGAUGAAACCAGGAUUAAAAUACUUGUCAGCUCUUUGACAAUAGCGUCGACUAAUGCCAACUGCGAAGUUCCAGCUCUGGUUCAAGUACAGGAGCCCUGGCAAAAGUAUUAUCUGGGUAUCAGUGUCGGGAAAGGUACGAUGACACAUCUGGAUAUGGUUCAUUUAAAAAAAACUCCACCCCACUGCCGCCAUCUUACUGGAUUGCUGGCGUUAUUUAAACAAAAAAUAGGUGAAGGUUCUGGUGUAAGACUGGACCCAGUGAUGGUAUCAAUACGUUUUACGUAUGGACUCAGGGAUUGGCUGAUGGAGUCAUCAGGAUUUGAUUUCAUGAAAGGGAGGCCAGUGAUUAAUAACGAGCUUGGGAAACUUCCCUUCGGUGCUGAAGUUGAUCCAGUCUCAGAACUUCAAGUCUAUGCUACAUGGCCUCAAAUGUCGGAAAAUAUUGUGGUGGACAGCGAAAGUUUCACGGAUCUGGAGCCGCAGUUGGCGACGGAAUGGUCAGCGAGAGUGAGAAUGGCCGCGACACCGCCGAGUUUGCUUGAAGAAUAUUUAAAAGGCUUUUUAAGUCUCUGCAGUAAUCAGAAGUCUUUAGUGGACAUCUUGGGCGACACUUACGUCGACAACGACCAGAUGCUCAGCUCGGCUUUCAACGUCGUGACGGAGUCGAAAAUUCCUACGAUAUCAAAAGUUAUGAGUCGCGCCUCCUAUAAAAAGACUAAUAAAAAUGACGGGCCUAUUCCUGAUGACGUUCUCAUGAUGAUGCUGUACUAUUUAUUCCCUGACGCUGAUGAACAAUCAAAAGCUUUGUAUGAUGAAAAUGGAUCAAAUGUUGACGAAGAUUUAUGGAAAGGCAUCAAAACUUGUGCCCUGGACUCUCUGGUGUGGAGACUGGCAGUGGUGACUGCCCAUUGCAGGCAAAAUCUCGGUGGUAUUACGGCAGUAGCUCAAAUUUGGCAUGAAUUUGUCCAAGAGAUGCGCUAUCGUUGGGACGAGAGUAUCCUAAUUCCUGGUGUGGGAACUGGGUUUCCGGAUUCAGUGCGAACUUGUUUACUUCAUCAGAAAUUGCAGAUGAUUAAUUGCUGUAUUGAGCGUAAAAACCGUCGUAAUGAAUUUGCGUCAAAGCCACUAAAUGUUGACUCGGAUUUAGAUUCUGAGUCUGAAGAAGAAUUUUUCGAGUGUGAAGAGGACCAAGUAUCGAUAAAAGAAGAACAGGUUCACAAAAAAACAAAACAUUUGUUGUGGAAUAAACCGACGGGUCGGCUAUCAAAGCACCCGUCGCUGCGAUUGUUCAAAACUGGGGACGCUCUUUACCUACCAGUCACCCAGGACCCGGUUCCGAAGACCGAGGACCAGUUGGAAGAAGACGCCCAGCUGAUGAUGCAGCUCGGUACCGAUAAACAGGGCUCCGAAAUGCGAGCAAGGCUGAUGAGCGCUUCACUUUUAUCCGACAUGGAGUCUUUUAAAGCUGCUAAUCCUGGAUCGGAACUUGAGGAUUUCAUACGCUGGUACUCGCCGAGAGAUUGGAUUGAAGAGGAAGGUACUGAUGAAUGGGGGCAAAUUAAUGGACACUUAUCACCGCGAAUGAAAAUUCCAAAUAAUCCGUGGGAAACGACCUGGAACUCGGCCCAACCUGUGCCAGCUCACCGUCAAAAACGUCUUUUUGACGACACAAAAGAAGCUGAAAAGACGAUUCAGUUUCUAGCAUGCAGACGCAUCGGAGAAGUUUGCCAGCUCUUGAUGCCGGUGCUGACCCACGCAGCUCUCCAGACACUUGCGCACCACAACCAGCAAGCAAUCACUCAACUACCAGAGAUAAUUAGCGGAAUGACGAAUAAAUUACAACGUGCUACCAAAUCUUUUCAUCUCCAAACUCAUCUCUACGAGGAUAUUAUUAGCGAUAUAUCAACAAUAAAAGUUCUUCUGACUCAGUACAAUUCACUGCUGAGUAAAUUUCCAGGAGAAACUGAAGAAACAGUUGCGUUUAUACUUAAAUUAAUGCAGGGAAAAGAAGUUUUUAUUCCUGGCGGGCCACGUGGUCCCAUAGGAUUGAAAAUAACCGAGAUGUUCCGCAACAUCCAAAAAGCCACUUAUAUGAUGGACAUUCCGAGCAGCGGUUCCGGUAUGACUGGAGCAGGAGAUGAGAAACAGAAAACGUUUCCUGAGCCCUCGUCCAAGGAAUUUAUCCUUCGAGCGGUGACGCCUAGACCUUCUCCGACCUCCACUCCGCAACCUCAGCGUCUGUAUGUCAAUCUCAAGAGAGAAUCUAUUCGGCUCGCGGGAUACUUCUCUGAUGACACCACGUUUUUAUAAAUAAAUAUAUAUAUAUAAAUGUUAAUUAUUAAUCAUUGAUAGAUUAUAAAUAUCAAAUUAUGUAAUCCUCACAUUUUGGAGUU